AUGUCUCGGUCGAGCUUCAGCAUCCGGAGGUUUAUCUCACCUCGCCGCUCACAGACCGUCGACGUUGACGAGCGUCGCCACUCGGAAGACUCGGCCAUGAGCGAGGAAUUACCCAUCUUCAAGCCCCGACGGAAGCAAGAGAAGUCUCAGUCGUGGGCACCGUCCAGACGUCAAUCCGCCGCCAAGGCUCGCAGGCCCUCGAGGGAGGAUACCCUUGUACGAAGGACACAAAGCAUCAAGAGGAGCUCGCCUGAAGCCAUUCCCUUGCCUGAGGCUUCGCCCAACUCGUCGUCGAGUUCUUUGUGCAGUUGCGAAGGCCACGCGGAUACGGCCUCGACGAACAGCACAGAUGAGGUCCUUUGUCCGCCUCGACCUCCGUCCCGGGCCUCUCGGUCUUCAGCACCAAAACGGCUCGCGGAUCGAAGGCAUCUCUGCAUACCUCCUCUACCAACACAACAAAACACCAAGCCCGUGAACUCUCCCACAGAAGCUGACAUCAAGGCCAUCGAGGCGGGCAAUACAAACCUGGAAGAACACCCCGCUCUCAAAGGAAUCGCAAAUCCUCCAGCUACGCCGGAAGAAGGGCUGGAAGGGUGGUCACUAAACGUUCAAGACCUCAUCAGAGAAACCGACGAGGCUUUCAAGGCUGUAGGGACGGCCAUCCAAGAGGCGAAAAUAGCCGUUUCGUCAUUUCCCGCCACUUCUCAGACCAGUCGCGCAUCACCUGCAGCCACCAGCCCAAGGAUGGAGUCGCCUGUGCAAUGGCUGAACAAACCGCACGCCAUCGUCAACAGCACUCCGCCGCUGCCCCCUCCGAAUCGGAGCUCAUCAGGGUCGUCGGCGUCGAGACCCAGAAGGAAGAAGUCGAAGAAGGCUAAGCGAUCAAAAACAAGGUCCAAGAAAAGCGCCCGCUGGCAACUAGGAGAGGAAGUCACCGACAUUCUUACCGGACAAUUCUUUCGCAAGAUUGAAGUCAACGAGCUUCUUUCACCGGAUUACCUUCAGGCUGUGAGAGCUGGCCGCGAGGCCCAGUCCCGGAUCUCGAGCGAUACCAUGAGGACAGUCGACACGGACGGCAGCGAGACACCCGUCGAGCCUUUCCACCUUCAAGAUCUGCCCUCACGGAUAGGAGCAGCAGGUGUUGAUGCCAUGGUCGCACACCACGACAGAGUGUCACCUUUCAAGCCCCUCGACUCAGCGGUACGACGCCGCCCCUUGGUAAAGGAGAAGUCCCCGCUGCGAAGGAAGCCUGUACCCAGAUCAGCCUCUGUAACUAGGAAGCCUGUACCCAAACCAGCCUCUGCAACUGGAGAAGUCGUCGAAAUCGAGGACACGACCCCUCCCCCUCCACCGGCGAAGAACCCGCUGAGGUUCGCGCCUCGGCCGCAGGCAUCGCAGCUGCCAACGAUUCCUGAGGUCAUCGUUACCACACCAGACACCACAUCAGACACGAUCACAGUCGAGAAACAAGCAACGCGCACAUUCGCGCCCGUGGACGAGGAUGACUUCAUCUUCCUCCAUUCCACCAACUACACCCUUAACCAUCCUUCCCUGCGCCAGGGACAAAUUCGCUUUCGGAAGCAAGACGUCGAGAAAGGCAUGAAGAUCGACCCCGACGACACAUUAGACUGGACGGCUUUCCAGAUGGCCAUACUCGGCGGCGCAGGCGACCUCUUCUCAGACCCCUCGGACUUUUCCCGGCGAUCCGAGGCCGAAGAGGUCGCGGAUCUGGUCGAGUGGUUCAAGGACUUUGGCUUCGAGAAUCACGGCCUGUUGAUCCGCAGCAGAAGUAACAGCGGCUCAGCGACGAGCCCCGCCAGCAUCGCCUCCGAGUACUCGCCCAUGUCGUCCGUCGCGACGGACAUUGACCUGCCGAUCCCCGUCGAGCUCGAGUACCCGAGCGGCUUCUGGAACGAGGGCAAGCACGACACGUCCAAGUUCCACGCGCGGGGCUGCAACAUCCGGCGGUGGACGAUGGAGGGCCAUCACAAGCGCUACUGCAACCGCGAGAGCCUAGACAGCCUGCCGCCCAGCCCCAUGAUGGACCUCGUCAUGAUGAGAGGCGCGGACGGGGAGCCGGAGAUGGUGCCCAUGGGAUACAAUCUCGGACACGAUCUCGGGGACUUUCUUAGGUGGGAGGCGGAGCACGUCUAUGCCACGGGUGCCUACUGA